CUUUCCAUAUACCCGAGUCUUGGAUACAUACAGGUUAUCUGAAUCUAAUACAAUCUCAAAAUUCAACUUGAGAUUUGGAGAUUGGCCUAGAAAUAAUAGGACAUACGUGGUAUCUCUUUAUGUCCUGCUUCUAGGCCAUUAAAAACCUGCCAGUUUAAGAUGAAACGGAUUUCUACCAAACCUCACCAACCCCACCACUUGUCACACCAACCACCUCUUUGCCUUUGCCAAUAUAAACAAGCCAUCAUCUUUUCUGAAGAAGAGCAAUUCAGCAGAUCGAUCUCAAGAACACAAGUCCCAUGGAAGAAAGCGGCGGGGAGACGACGGCGACGAAGCCGACGAUCUUGUGCCGGUCGCCACCGCUGGAGGCGAUGCUGUUCGACAUCGACGGCACGAUGUGCGUCUCGGACCCGUUCCACCACCGCGCCUUCUCCGAGCUCCUCCAGAACCUCGGCUACAACGGCGGCAUCCCCAUCACGCCGGAGUUCGGGAUGACGCACAUGGCGGGGCGGAGCAACGAGCAGAUCGGGCAGUUCCUCUUCCCCUCAUGGCCGCAAGCCCAGCUGGACGCCUUCUUCGCCGAGAAGGAAGCGCUCUUCGCCCGCUACGCCGCCGAGGGGCUCCGCGAGGUCCCCGGGCUCACCGCCCUCCUCCGCUGGGCCGCCGCCGGCGGAGGAACGCGGAAGCUCAAGCUCGCGGCCGUCAGCAACGCGCCACGGGGGAACGCGGAGCUGAUGAUCUCGAUCCUGGGCCUGACGGAGUUCUUCGAGGUGGUUGUGGCCGGGGAGGACUGCGGCGAAGGGCGGUGCAAGCCGGCGCCGGAUCUGUACCUCCGGGCGCUGGAUCUGAUCGGAGUGGGGGCGGAGAGGGCGGUGGUGUUUGAGGACUCGGUGGUCGGGGUGACCGCCGGCGUGGCGGCGGGGAUCCCCGUGGUGGCCGUCGCCGGGGAAGGGAGGGAGGCCAGGGCCGUAGCUGCCGGCGCCUCGCUCGUCGUCAGGGAUUAUCAUGAUGCCAAGCUCUGGGCGGCGCUGGAGAAGAUCGCCGCCGCCGGCGCUGAGGAAGAAGAAGCUCCCGUGGAAGCGGAGUCGUAGAAGAAUACUUUUACGCUGGCUCUUGCUUUUCGGCAGCAGCAGCAGCUUCUCUAUUUCUCCAGCAGCUUCAGUCGAUUUUUUCAGAAAAGUUGUUGCCGUUAUUUUUCCGGCUUCUAAAAUUACAGUCUGUUGUUGUCUGAUUUGAGUACGAAAAAUCAGUAAUGCUUUCUGGACUUCAA